GUCUUCACUCUCCAUAUCGAUCACAAUCCUCUCACAAAUCAAAUCGCUAACACACGACUCUUGUUCCUACAAAAACAGCAAAUGGCUCGUACCAAGCAAACCGCGAGAAAAUCCACCGGAGGAAAGGCCCCGAGGAAGCAGCUCGCGACGAAGGCGGCGAGGAAGUCGGCACCGGCCACCGGAGGAGUGAAGAAGCCACACAGGUUCCGUCCCGGAACCGUGGCGUUGAGGGAGAUCAGGAAGUACCAGAAGAGCACCGAGCUCCUGAUCCGCAAGCUCCCCUUCCAGCGUCUGGUCCGCGAGAUCGCUCAGGAUUUCAAAACCGAUCUGAGGUUCCAGAGCAGCGCCGUCGCGGCUCUGCAAGAGGCCGCCGAGGCCUACCUCGUCGGGUUGUUCGAAGACACGAAUCUUUGCGCGAUUCACGCCAAGAGGGUUACGAUCAUGCCCAAGGAUAUCCAGCUCGCGAGGAGAAUCCGUGGUGAAAGAGCUUGAAGACUCUCUUAGAUUUUGUGUUUGGUUUCGUUGAAGGGCAAAUCUCUUUCUGGGAUUUUAGUUUAUGUUGUAGAGAGCUUGGCUCGUGUUUAACACUGCGUGUUUGGUAGGUUUUUAGUCUUUUGUUAAGAUAGUCCCGAAGGUGUUCGUCGAAAUGUCCAAACGAGAAUCUCUCUUGUUUUAUAUAAAAAAAAAACUAUUUGCCCAA